UUUUUUACAUUUAUAGGAGAAGGCGUUCAUGGCCAGGUCGGAUAGUCAUGGUGUCCGGUCAUGACAAUGAAGGGUCAAAUUGUUCUUUUGAUCAUUUUUUCUAGUUUGCAGAUUUGCACAGGCAAGGAGGGAUCACAACAUGUUCGAUACAAUGUCUAAGUGAUUCCCUGGAUGAAACUCUCAAUUCUGUUACCAACAGGACAUUACCGCUAAGGAGCUAAAGUGACAAGGUUGGAGAUGCCACACAGGUUACAACACUUGAUUAUCAGUGAUUUGUUGCCUUAAGUAAAAAAUACAAUGUUGAAUCUUUUUCAUAGUUGUUGGAUGUUUGCUUACUCAUAAAACAGAUUCUAUCAUACCAGAAACGUUCAUCAAAUGCAUAUGGAUGAUAUCCCCCAUUUAAUUUGGUCUAUCGGUAUGAUUGUUUUUUUUUUUUGAACAAAAGUGCAGCAGUGAGACUGACAAACACUCUAAUCCUCCUAUUUAAAGCAGCAACAGGGAAAAAAGCUGGAACUGUUCUCACCCAAUCAAAACAACACCGUAAUUCAUUCUUCUUCUCUUCUGCGGAGUGUAUGGUUAAAUCUUUACGUGACCAAUUUUAUCCUCAUUGCUCAACUGUUUCUUGCAACCUCAAAAUAAGCCAUCUUGAGAACGACUGAGAUCUACAUAGGAGCAGAGGCGAUCAGGUUAAGUUGUCAGACUACCGAUGUACAAACGAUGGAGCAUCCUUCUUAUGAUUUUACACAUAUUGCUGUGUUGUACCAUCACUGAGGAGAAUGCAAGGUUUUUUAUGCAAACCGUUACUCUUGAAACUGUCACUCAAAUGCUAUAUCAACCGUCAAUCCACUAUCACUCGCAUAAGGAGGAGGGAUGGCUAUGUCAUGCUAGGGUUUCAACUCCGAUGAUUAUAUUCAGGCAGCAAGUCCUGACUAUGACAUAGCAUAUGGCCAGGAUUUAGGGACAACCUUUUAUAUUGAAUCUUCUUUAUAUGUAUGGGAGGAUUUUCCGUGCUCUUCCUCUUUUCUUCGUUGUAGGGAGAAUGUCUUUGGUUUUAAUUCUUGCCAUAGGUCGUUGACAUCACACUAAUACAACAACAGUGCUGCCAUUUUAAAGUGAUCGAUGUAGCCUUUAUGGGGGUGACAUGAAAAGGAGAAAAAUGGGCAAUCAUCAAUUCAUCAUCAUCAUCAAAACAACAACGAGUCAUUCUCACGUUCCCAAGAAAGCUUUACUAAUAAAUGUUUUACGAAGAGCCUAUUCGAUCCACCACAAAGAAAAGGAGACAUAAAGAGGAAAAGACGAUGGUUUGACUGACCGAUCUAGGCCAGCAACCCCACCAGUAGAUCUUCUUUUGCUUCUUUCAAUGUGGACGGUGCCGAUCAAGGCUACGGGUCUUCUUUUCAAAGUGGUAGCGAGAAAGAAAAACAGUAGGUGGUGGGGCCUGCCACAUUUUUGGUGGAGUGUUCAAAAGGCAGUAGCCUUUGUAAGCUGGUCACGGGCAGAAAGAAAAAGAAACAGAGAGAAGAGAGAGGCCAAGAGAGGAAGAAGAGAAAAAAAAGGUAGCCUGGUUUUGUGCUUCAAUCGACGACCAAAUAAAUUCCGAUUGGUGUGAAAUUUUAGUAUUUUGUUCUUGACAUUCUCUUCUUCAUAUCCAAUUGUGAGAUUGUUUUUUUAACCACUUGAUGUAGGUAAAAUUAUCUGUGUUUGAUGCUACUUUUUAUUGGUUUUUCUCUCACUUUUGAGUGAAGCUUCUUGUUAUUUGGUGUUCUAAGUUGUUGUUUGAUGAUUGUGUAUGCCUCUAAUUAAUUAAGAGAAGAUAUUGGU